GUUGCAUAUUAAACAAUGUAUUCACUGCUGCUGCUCCCUCUCUGCUUCUUCGGGCUAUCAUGGGGCCACGCUGCUCUCUACGAGCCCCCCGGUCGGUCCUCGGCCUGGCGGUUUGGAUUCAAGACCCCCAUUAAUGACGACGAUGCCGAACUCUACUGUGGAGGAAUCACAAAACUCUGGCGCGUCAACAAAGGCAAGUGCGGGAUCUGUGGUGACGCCUGGGACCUUCCUGAACCAAGGCCGAACGAAGAUGGUGGUAAAUACGGCAAGGGGGUCAUUGUGAGAACCUACAAAGCUGGUCAGGAAUUUACAGCAACUGUCUUCAUUGUCGCCAAUCACGAAGGGUACUUCGAAUUCAAGCUCUGCCCCGUGCAGCCCGGAGUCAAGGUAGACCAGGAAUGCCUGGACAAACACCCGGUGGCUUUAGCCGAUGGUUCCGGUUAUCGCUACACACUUAAAAAUGGAAUCAAGGGUAACCUGGACCUAAAACUGAGACUCCCCGCUGGUCUUAAGUGUGACAGAUGUGUUCUGCAAUACCACUGGAAAGCUGCUAACAACUGGGGAAUUUGUGAAAACGGAAGAGGAGCCAUGGGCUGUGGACCCCAAGAAUAUUUCAGAGCUUGUGCUGACAUCAGGAUUGAAUAAAAUUAAGAUAUUAAUUUAAUUACUUGAAUGUAUUUUAAUUAAAAUAAAUUGACCAUUGUGCUCCAGUUUUAUAUGUAAA